AUGUCCUCUGUGACCGAUGCGCUGCUGCAGCUGCGGGCCAAGGCCCAGCUGAGCGCCAGCAACCUUCGUGAGCGAAAGGCCCAGGCCCUGGCGCAGCUCCUGGCGCAGCAACACGCUGCAGAGCAAAACGCUGGCCACACUCCCAGCGGGCCGAGGAGGAAGAGCGACGGUGUGGAGGAUGAGCAGCAGGGCAUAGUGUCUGCUGAGAUGUCGGUCGGCGGAGGGGCACUGCUGCGCGUCACCCUGCUGGCCGCAGGCUACGUGAUCGGCCCCGCGGGCGCCUCUGUGAGGGAUGUCUCCCGCACGACCGGCGCCGACAUCAGGUCGUGGAGCGAGUCGUUCCAGGACGCCAGCGCUGGCCCCGCCGCCGCCUCGCGCCGCGUGCGCACCAUUGUGAUCGAGGGCAAGCGCCGCUGCGUGGUGCACGCGCUGCGCAUCAUCGCCGCCGCCGUGGACAGGUAUGUCGACCUGACAGGCGGCUCCUACUGUGGCCAGGCGGUGGACCGGGCGCACGUGAUAGACGGCUGCACUUUCUUCUACAGCCCGCCGCCCCGGGCUGCGGUGCCCUUUGCCGCCGCGCUGCGCAGCCACGACAGCGUGGCCAGCCCCGCCGCCCUCAAAAGCCCUAGCUUCCCAGGCAGCCCCGCUGCCGCCGCCGACAAGGAGAACGCCACGGGCGGCGGCGGGAGCGCCGGCGCCCCGACGCACGCCGCGCUGGCGCCGCGCGUGCUGCUCUCGCCGCCCUUCUCGCCCUCGCGCCACCAGACGCACCGCGUGCCGCCGCUCAGCGCGCUGCCGGCCACGCCCGCAGCGGCAGGCGCCGCCACCGGCGCGCACACCCUGCAGACUGCGCUGCGCACGGCAUCUGGCGCUGCUGUGGGAGCAAUGCCUUCUGCCAGCGAGGCGAUGGAUGUGGACCAUGAGGAGGAGCAGGAGCAGGAGGAGGCGCCCACCCCUGGGUACCGCACGUACAGCCUGUUUGGGGGCAGCGGCCUGGGCCCAGGCGGCUCGGUGCUGCAGCGGGAGCCCUUUGGCGGCGUCUCCUCCCUGUUUGCCAGCGCCUUUGAGGCCUCCCCCACCCCCUCCAUCUCCGCCGCGGGCGCCGACUCGCUCUUCACCUCCCGCGGCCUGCCGCCGCUCGGCGCCGGCGCUGCGGGCGGCGACGUCGGCGCCAUCGGCGCCGGCGCAGCCCUGCCGUCCACCGACCCGCCGGCCUAUUCCUUCCUGGAUGCGCCCUCGUCCGCGGGCCCGGGCGCCGGCUCCCUGCUGCGCACGCCCAGCAUAGGCGACGACUCCCUGCUGGCAGCCACAGGCUUCCCCUCUUACUCCUCCUUUGCCAACCGGGCCUCUGAAUUCCAGUCACACGUAUGGGAUGCCCCCGCACCGCCGCCACCGUCCUCCGCCCUGGCGGCGGGGCCACUGGCGCAGCUGCCGCUGGGCGCCGCCGUGCAGGGGUGGUGCCAGCAGGGGUCCCUCUUUGGUCCCUUCUGA